UGUUCAAUUAGUGCUGAUAUUUAAUAAGAAAUAUUUUCUAAUCUCGACAAAGUAUACAUCAUCCAUUAUUGGAAAAGUUACUUUGUUAUUAAUAUUUAUAUUAUUAAAUUAAAAUUACGGCGUAUGAAUGAAGUGCUUAAGUUUAAUUGUUUUAUUAAUAAUUUUAUUAAAAGGACACUGCGUCGAACAAUACUGUGAGAUUGAUGAUGCAGACAAUUGCAAAGACAGAGAUGAAGGUUAUAAAUAUACCAAAGUUUCUAAUGAAAAAUAUAAAAAAUAUAUUGAAGCUAUCAACGAGGCUGAAAGAAAUUACAUAGAAUGCAACGCUACCAGAUGUGAAUGUUUUAAAAAUAUAAUAAUAAGAGAUUUAAAACCAUUUAAGAAAAAUGGUAUAAGCAAAGAAUUAAUUGAUAUAGCAAAGACCAGAGGUACAUUUUAUCAAAUAAUUGGAGGGAAGCUUUACAGAGAAAAAGAUUGCAUGUUUCCGUCGAGAUGCGCCGGGAUAGAACACUUUAUUUUUAAGAUAAUUGAUAACUUAACUGACAUGGAUUUAGUUGUUAACACUAGAGAUUAUCCUCAAUCGAAUAAGCAUUUUGGAAAACCUCUACCUAUACUUUCAUUUAGCAAGACACCACAAUAUUAUGAUAUUAUGUAUCCAGCAUGGGCAUUUUGGGAAGGAGGACCUGCUAUAUCUUUGUAUCCUCGUGGUCUUGGACGGUGGGAUAAACACCGUCAAUUAUUAGAUAAAACUAGUAAAAAUAUACCAUGGGAUAAGAAAAAAGAGAAGGUCUUUUUUCGUGGCUCUAGGACUAGCUCUGAACGUGAUAAUUUAAUAUUAUUGAGCCGUGAAAAUCCUAACUUAAUUGAUGCACAGUAUACAAAGAAUCAAGCGUGGAAGUCUGACGAAGAUACGCUACAUGCACCUCCAGCUUCUGAAGUUCCAUUAGAAUCUCAUUGCGCGUAUAAGUAUUUAUUUAACUAUCGUGGAGUAGCAGCUUCCUUUCGAUAUAAACAUUUGUUCCUGUGCCGAUCCUUAGUUUUCCAUGUCGGCGAUGAAUGGACAGAAUUUUUUUACGACGCUAUGAAACCAUGGAUUCAUUUUAUUCCUGUUCCUAAGGACGCUACUCAAACUGAUUUAAAAGAACUCAUACAAUUUGCGAUAGACAAUGAUGCAUUGUCAGAAAAAAUGGCUAAUCGCGGUAGAGAUUUUAUUUGGCAUAAGUUAAGAAUGAAAGAUAUAACGUGCUUUUGGAAAAAACUUUUACAGAGUUAUGGGAAAGUGUUGUCGUACAAACCAAUUUUAGAUAAGAAUCUAAUUAAAAUAGAACGAAAAUAAUUGAUUAAUUUGAUUAAUUAAUGAAGUAAAAAAUAUAUA